UCAUUCAAUUUCAACUUUUCUUCACAAAGGAGGGGCGAUUUGGAGUGAUGGCUGCAUCCGACGAAGCUGCCAGGAAAUUAUUUGAGGAGUGGAUGGAAAAGCGCAACAAAGUAUACAAAAGCGAGGAGGAGAAGGAGAUUAGAUUCGAGACGUUCAAAAUUAAUCUCCAGGAGGGGCGAUUUGGACCGAUGGCUGCAUCUGCGAAAUCUGACGAGGAGCGUUUUGAGGACUACAUCAAACAGUACAAGAAAGAAUACAAAACCGAAGAUGAGAAGAAGAAAAGAUUCAAGUCGUUCCAAACAAAUCUCCGUGUUAUAGAUGCUUAUGAAGCUUUUGUUGCAGAUCAACACCCAGUAUUUCAUGCCAAGGGUUUGACCCAAUAUUCGGACUUGACUCUUGUUGAGUACUUAAGAGAGGUCCUUGGAAGGGAUGCGAUCCCCCCAGAUGUUAGUUGGAGUGACAGUGAUAGUGACGGUGAGAUGGUCUGGUACAGGCACGGGUACGUGAGAGAUGCCAAGGGCGAGGGCGAGGAUGAGUACGAGGACGAGGAAGAGGACGAGGAAGAGGACGAGGAAGAAGAAGAGGAAGAGGACGAGGAAGAGGACGGGGAAGAAGAAGAAGAGGACAAGGUCCUCGAGGGCGAGGGCGUGGACUUCGGGGCCGAGGGCAAGGGCAAAGUCAAGGGAGAACUUGAGGUCGAGGUCGAUGUUUCUGUCAAACGUCAAAGGAAAGGCUAGCUGUAAGUAAUUUUACCAAUACAAGCCAACUAUAAACAAAUCUUUGUUUUUACAAACUAGAAAUUAGAGAAUAUUGUUAAAACUUUGUUUUUCCCUAUUUGAAAGUUAAUGUGGCAGUAUCUAUUUAGCCAAGUUAUAAACAAAUCUGGGGUGUUCAACCAACUAGCGCAUACAUUGUUUUAGUUAAAACUGUGUUUUCCUUAUUGUGGCAGCAUCUAUAUUAGGCAAGUUCCGUACUUUUCUUUCCGAUGAA